AUGAAGCCCCAACAAGUCAUCCGCUUGUGCCUGCUACUAGCGACAGCUUGGACUGCCAGCUUUGCACAAAUUGAUCCCAGAGGAAAUCGUCCGGUUGAGCAUGGCCACAAGGCUGACAAGUGUGCCUCAGAAAAGACCUGGCCAUUUUGCACAGACGAUGAUUGGGCAAUGACAACAAGUACAUGUCGCUGGCGGAGUCCCUGAGGCAGAGGAUCGUGGAGGUCAAGAUUAAGAUCGACCGCCAGCUGAACAUUCUGGAGGCCCUCAAGGCGCGUGUCAGAGAACAGGUCAUAGAGAUGCAGAGACUGGAGGUGGACAUUGACAUGAAGCUGCGCAACUGCAAGGGCUCGUGUGCUGAGUACGCCGAGUUCUCUGCUGACCGGGAGAGCUACGUGGCUAUUGACAAGCAGCUGGACCAGUUGGAGUCCAUCCGGGUCAACAGUGUGGAGAGAGUGGGCGCCCUGCGGGUGAUGAAGAGCCGCCCGCUAAAGGAGGUGAUCGUGCCGUCCAUCUACAAGUCUGGGCUGGGCGCCGAGGACCAGAAGCAGUACUUCGGGGAUGUUGGCCAGGCCGAGUUGACACUGCAGGCUGAGGGGGCCACCGCCGAUGCACCUGCUACCGUCAGUAAGUUCCCAAGUACAGAUUCCUCAUCAUCCUCCUCAUCCACGUCUCGAGUAACCAGCACCACCUUGAAAUGCACCCGUACCGUACGCAAAGUCGUAACGCACACUAAGGACGGGCCCGUGGAGAAGUUCGAGGAGGUGUUAUCCGGGGAAGGUUGCGAUGCCAUGGGAGGAGGUGAUCGUUCCUCCCUGACCUCCCUCACCUCACAGGGAGGCUUUGGUGAUUCCUUUACUGAUCCCUUUAAGAUGGCCGGUGGGUUUGGCAGUGGAGGUUCCACCAAGACCAUGGGGUCCACCAAGACCGUGAGCUCCACCAAAAGCCUUCUGAGUGGAACCAAAGGCUCAGCCUUUGGGGAUGAUUUUGGGGCAUUUGGCCGUGGCGAUGUAGAUGACGACCUACCUGACAUCUUCGCCCGGAGUGGAAGGCCGGGAACACAAUCCGCUGGAGAGAUGGAGAAGAUUCCCACAGAUGUAGAGUAAUGUGUUGACUGACGUUAGAUGCCACAUUGUUGCGAGUGAACAAAUAUGACUACAGUCACAUCACAGUUAAAUGAAAAGAUAAGUCUAUGCAUCAGAUGCCGAGAUCAGGUUUUGCAUGCUAGAUUGUGAAGUGGUAAAUGUUUAAUGAUGUCUGGAGAACUAAGACAGAACUUGUCACUGGAUGAAUGAAAUACAAAGUAGAGCAAAUGAAAAGACAUUUGAAAUUAAAUGAAAAGACAUUUGAAGUUGUGGUGUUUCUGUGACUGUUAGAAUUGUACAGGUUUUAUAAGGAGAAUUCAAUAGGUGAGAACCAUUUGAGCAUGUGCAUCUCAUCAAUAAAGAUAAUGUUCACUUUA